CGCCAAUCCAUCCCUCUCUCCCCUCCACUCGUCACUGACCAGACCAUGCACCUACUAUCCUUCCCUUCUCCUGCUUGAUCAUACAAUUCUUUUUCCCUAGGCCCUCUUUGGCUCUUUCAAUGCCUCGACAUUCAUGAUUCCGACUCCUACGAAGCGAAUAACCGUCCAGGUCUGGACCUUGGCCGACAGUUAUCGCUUCAUUUUUCCUUGCAAACAUUAUUACAGCACUCAUCAUUCGUCGCGCAAGGGUGCUUCGAAGCGCCGCGAGUUCCAUGAUUACUUCGUAACCCAUCUACCCUCCUCCUCUCUCCAUCCCGACCCUCGAGGCCCAACAACUCCUUUUCAUAAACUGCCUCGCGCUGCAUCAGUACCUCAUACAGGAGAGACACCGCAAACUCCGCUCUCGUUCCAGACGCUGGUAGGCCGCGAGACUACCGUUGUCCGGAUUCCGCUACGCAGCGCGAAACAUCACUAUGGCGCGGCGACCAACCGAGGCACCCGCCCUGCCAACGAAGAUGCUCACCAAGCUGGCGUGAUUGAUAUCCCCGCCUUUGCGAAGCGUCCGCCGGCAUCUCUGACGAUUCGGCGACCUGGUGCUGGUGCGCAGUCUGGGCCUCCUCGUGAGAGCCGUGCAGCAGACACUGCCAACGGCGAUCCGCAGGUUUUCUACUUUGGGAUCUUCGACGGACAUGGCGGCUCCGAGUGCAGUACGUUUUUGAAGGAUCAUCUACAUGAAUACAUUCAGAAUGCUGCGGCGGAAUUCGAGUUCAAAUCCAACCUGAAGAGAAACCAAGUGAACCAGCCUCCCCAAGACGAACUUGACGACGGCGAACAAAGUUUGCCCAUUCUUCAGGGAGCGAACCGUCAGCGAAUCGGUGAGCUGGAGAAGAACAUGGUGCAGAACUGGAGGAGGCUUGUUGGGGGGUACUUCAAAAGAUUUAUCCCGGCUCAUUUUUCCUAUUACGGAAAGGAUGUCCGGGAAAGUGACAUGUCGGCACAGAGUCAACUAGACCCAUCGGAAGGAGUCACCAUUGAAGAAGUCAUGGAAUAUGCCUUCUUGCGUGCGGAUCUGGACUUUGUGUCGGCCCAAGCGGCCAAGCGGGAUGAUGAGCUAGCCACGGCGGAUCAGCCGCUAUAUCAGGAUGAUAUCCUGCGUGGUACUCGUCGCUCGGCAAGUUCGAGUAUUGGAGGGUUGAAGCGGUUCAAAGGCGGAAGUACGGCUAGUGUGGCACUCAUUUCCACUCCAACGCCCACGCCGUUUUGGCAUCCCAGCGCUCCCUCCAGUUUACUAGUGUCGCAUGUUGGCGAUACCAGGAUCUUACUGUGCUCUACCCUAACGGGCGAUGCGAUCCCUCUCACCUCGAACCACCAUCCCUCGUCGCCAAUUGAAGCGAACAGACUCCGCCGAUAUGCGGCUACGUUUGUGACUGAUUCCUUUGGUGAAGAACGCAUGAGCGGGUUGGCCAACACGCGCUCAUUUGGCGAUGUCCAAUCCAAGCGUAUUGGUGUGUCUGCAGAGCCAGAGAUCCACCGUUUGGAGAUGGCUCCAGCGGAAUACUCGUUCUUGGUUAUGAUGUCGGAUGGCAUCAGUGGCAGUCUCCUUGAUCAAGAGAUCGUCGACAUUGUCAAGGAGGCAAAGACCCCCGAUGAAGCGUCUAAAAAGGUAGUCAGCUUUGCUACCGAGGUGACCAAAGACGGAGACAACGCGACCUGCCUCGUCAUCCGGUUAGGCGGAUGGGAACGACGACUAGAAGGAGGGUUAGGAAGCCUAGGAACGAAGGAGUCUCGAGAAUGGCGUCGACAGGAAGCCACUGAUCCGCGCAGGUCACGGACAUGAUGAUGAGUAUAUUCAAAACCGUAGAUGUAACUAAUAUUCUUUGGAGUUUGCUCGUGCAUUCGGUGUACAUACAGUCUCUACAUACAAUUUUUUUUUUUGUCAGUGCAGUCUUUGGGUCAAUUUAAACGUAUCGUUAAACCAC